CCCUAGCAACCUUCCACUCCGGGCCAACCCGCUUUCUUCAACCCACUUUCUCUCUCUCCUAUAUACAUCUCUUUCACUGCAGCAUUUCAAAUCUGUCAACUCUAGAUUCCAUUUUCCACAUAUAUACCGUUGCAUGGUCACCGGAGAUGGCUUCAGCUUGUCUAAACAACGUCGGAAUACCAACGGAAAACUUUCACGACUGUUCAGUUGCAUACGAAUGGUUGAGUCCUCGUAUCUCAUUAAGCCGCGACGGUGACAAGACGACGACGACGACGAACGAAACGUCUACGCAUACGGAGAUGAUCAACGAGCCAGAUCUGGAAUGUUCUCUUCAAGAUUUUGGAGAAUUUGAGUUUAGACUUGAAGAAGAUCCUGUAACAAUGCUUCCCGCCGAUGAACUAUUCGCCGACGGUAAACUCGUUCCGUUACAUCUCUCAUUCUCUAAACUAUCUUUACCACCUUCGAUUGAUGAUUCAUCGGAAGUUAGAUCAGAAUCUCCCCGGAGGAGAACUGGCGUAGCUAAUACAGUAGAUCCUUUCUUGUUUUCUCCGAAAGCACCGAGAUGUUCUAGCCGGUGGAAGGAUCUAUUAGGUUUUAAGAAGUUUUAUCAAAACAACAAUGCCAAGUCCGAUAAAUCUGCGCUGUCUUCGUCCUCCUCGGCCCAAUCUAAUACCAACGGAUCAAAAUCUCGAAGGAUUUUUCUUCAUCGGAGUUCUAAAUCAUCAGUCGUGGCUGCCAUUGAUUCAUCAAUAAACCUUCCUUUACUUAAGGACCCAGAUAGCGAAUCAUCAUCUGGUUGCAUAUCAUCUCGUCUAUCACUCUCAUCUUCAUCUUCAAGUCACGAACAUGAUGAAAUGCCAAGACUUUCACUCGAUUCAGAAAAACCCAUCCUUUCUAGAACAACAACAACAACGACAACAACAGCACCAACAACUAAUUCAUCUGUCUGUUCAAACCCACCUCCAAAAGUAAGAGUAAUGAGACAGAAAGGCUCGUCAUCAGAAAAUCCAACAAGGGCAAGUCGGCGAACAGCAGCUCCGGCGACGGAUUCAUCAUCAGUUGACAGCCCGCGAAUGAACUCAUCGGGUAAAGUGGUGUUCCAAAGCCUGGAAAGGAGCUCGAGUAGUCCAAGUACAUUCAACGGUGGUCCUAGAUUGAAGCUUCGGGGAAUGGAAAGGUCAUAUUCAGCUAAUCUACGUGUGACACAUGUCCUAAAUGUCCCCGUAUGUUCACUUUCAAAGUCCAGUGUAUUUGGUUUUCCACUAUUCUCUUCACCCCAAAAACGUGAAGUCAUGGUCGGUAGCCCUACGAUUGGAGCUGGUGCUGGUGGUGGUGUUAACAGAUCUAGAGGAGGCGCCCAACAUUAUCAUCAACCCAGUAAUCGAUCAGAUCGGACUUAACUUCAUCAUCCAGGUUGGUUGGUCUUUAAUUAACCUUGCCUUGCAUGAUCCAUUAAUCCCUUUUUCUACGGAUCUUAGCUUGUUUCAUUUUCCGGCAUUAAUUAAUUAAUCAAUCUAGACACUGUGAGGUAGUACUAGUAGUUGUAGGGUAGGGGGGGUUGGUUCAUCUUAAUGGGGUCUGGUGGGUCUAGCUUUUUACCCCCAACCCAGCCUAGGGAAUGCAAUUAUGUGUGCUUUGGCGGGUUUUUCUUUAUCUUUUGCAUCAAUUUCAUUUUGGGUUUUUGAGCUCUGCUGGUUAUGGCUGGCUAAUACUGAGUCCUGACAAUAGCAUGUGUUAUGUGUCAUGGCUGGCUUCUGUGCUACUGUUACUGCUGUUGUUGUAUUAUUAUUAUUAUGCUUGUGAAUAUCUAUC